AAAUUAAAUGGAGCCCCCAGCCUUACCCAUAUCUUAGUUUCAUCCAAAGAUCCUCUGCAACCCAUAAAAUUUGGCUUUUGUUUUCUACCAAACGCUCUUGACGUGAAUCGAUGUAAAUGCCACUCUUUUUUGUCACCCGUUUCUCUCCUACUUCUUAAAUAGAAGAAACUCCCAAACCCUCCUAAAAAUUCCUCUUCUCUCCCUCUGCUUUACCUCAUUGUCCAAAAUGGUGUUCCUCUUUUACAUUCUCUUCUUUUUCUUUUCCUCUUCUGGAAUUGUUCAUUCUCGAAACUUGCUUGGAAACUCCAAAACGACUGUGCUUGAUGUUGCGGCUUUGACCCAGGAGACAAUCAACGCUCUCACAUUGGAUUAUAAACCCACAGAAGCUUUCAAUCAACAGGAGCAGAGCUUCCCAGCUUCAUCUUCUUCGCUCUCUCUGCAGCUACAUUCUCGAAUUUCCAUUCACAGACCCUCGCAUGGUGACUAUAAGUCGCUUACUUUAGCUCGACUCGAGCGCGACUCGGCCCGAGUCAAAUCUAUCACAACCAGGGUAGAUCUGGCCCUUGGAGGCGUUACCCACUCGGAUCUUAAACCGGUCGAUACGGGAAACGGGUUGGAAUUUGGAGCAGAGGAUAUUCAGGGGACGAUUGUUUCGGGAACUAGUCAGGGAAGCGGUGAGUACUUCUCCCGAGUUGGAAUCGGUAACCCGUCGAGUCAGGUCUACAUGGUGCUGGACACCGGAAGUGACGUCAACUGGGUGCAAUGCGCACCCUGCGCCGACUGUUACCAGCAAGCCGACCCAAUCUUCCAGCCGACUUCGUCUUCCACGUACUCGCCUCUCUCCUGCCAGACCCAGCAAUGCAAGUCCCUCGACGAGUCCGAGUGCCGCAAUGGCUCGUGUCUCUACGAGGUGUCGUAUGGCGACGGCUCGUACACCGUCGGCAACUUCGUGACGGAGACUAUCACUCUCGGUUCGGCUUCGGUUAACGGCGUUGCGAUUGGCUGCGGUCACAACAACGAGGGCCUCUUCAUCGGCGCGGCGGGGCUGAUGGGGCUCGGUGGUGGUUCGCUCUCCUUCCCUUCUCAGAUAAACGCCACGUCGUUUUCGUACUGUCUCGUGGACCGUGACUCCGAUUCGGCUUCGACUCUCGAGUUUGACUCGCCUCUCCCUCGCAACGCCGUAACGGCGCCGUUACACCGUAAUCCUCAGCUCGACACGUUCUAUUACCUCGGCAUGAAAGGACUAAGCGUCGGGGGCCAGUUGCUUCCGAUUUCCGAAUCGUCAUUCCAGUUGACGGAGGACGGUAACGGCGGUAUCAUCGUUGACUCCGGCACGGCCGUGACUCGUUUGCAGACCGACACGUAUAACGUUCUCCGUGACGCGUUCGUGAAGGGGACGAAGCACUUGCCGUCUGCAAACGGUGUGGCUUUGUUCGACACGUGCUACGACUUGUCGUCGAAGUCGAGUGUGGAGGUGCCAACGCUGUCGUUUGACUUCCCCGACGGGAAGGAGUUACCGUUACCGGCGAAGAAUUACCUGAUACCGGUUGACUCGGCGGGAACGUUUUGUUUCGCGUUCGCUCCGACGUCGUCUUCGCUGUCAAUCAUAGGGAAUGUGCAGCAGCAAGGGACACGUGUCGGUUUCGAUCUUGCUCAUUCCUUGGUUGGGUUCUCGCCCAAUGAGUGCUAGAAAUUAAGGAUAAUUUGUUAUUAUUAUUAUGUCUUUUUCGUAAUUUUGUUGUAGUUAAUUUUGUUAUAUUAACUGGUAACAGUUUCCGUUUUUC